UUCCACGUUCAUAAAUACUCUGAGCUUCUUUUUCACGUCCGCUCUCUUACCCCGGAGAAGAUAGACCACGGUACACUGUUGCUAGCAGUUUAAUUCUCGGUAAACACCCCCUUAAAAAUAAAUCGCAAUCAUGAGCAGGAAAUUCUUCGUCGGUGGAAACUGGAAGCUGAACGGCGACAAGAAAAGCCUCGGCGAGCUCGCGCAGACCAUGAACGCAGCCAAGGUGGACCCCAAUGUCGAGGUAGUGUGCGGUGCUCCUUCAAUCUACCUGGACUUCACCAGGACCAAGCUGGACGCCAAGUUUGGGGUUGCUGCUCAGAACUGCUACAAAGUUGCCAAGGGUGCCUUCACUGGGGAGAUCAGCCCUGCGAUGAUCAAGGACUGUGGAGUGAACUGGGUGAUCCUGGGACACUCUGAGCGGCGCCACGUCUUCGGUGAGAGUGACGAGCUCAUUGGUCAGAAGACCGCCCACGCUCUGGAGAGCGGUCUCUGUGUGAUCGCCUGCAUCGGCGAGAAGCUGGAUGAGAGAGAGGGCGGCAUCACCGAGAAGGUUGUCUUUGCUCAGACCAAAGUCAUCGCAGACAAUGUUAAGGACUGGAGCAAGGUCGUGCUUGCUUAUGAGCCUGUGUGGGCCAUUGGCACCGGCAAGACUGCGUCCCCGCAGCAGGCUCAGGAAGUUCAUGAGAAACUGAGGGGGUGGAUGAAGACCAACGUGUCUGAGGCUGUGGCCAACUCCGUGAGGAUCAUCUAUGGAGGCUCUGUGACCGGCGCUACCUGCAAAGAACUUGCCUCCCAAAAGGACGUUGACGGGUUCCUUGUCGGCGGAGCCUCUCUCAAGCCAGAGUUUGUCGAAAUCAUCAACGCCAAGGCAUAAAAAAAAA